AUGGCGGAAAAACGACCCGAAACUCCGUCAUCACGGAGUGGUGCGGAAGCGCCGCUACUGGCGAACUCUUCCGUCAAAUAUGACGACCAGCAACCCGGAGCGACACGUGCCAUCGCUGGUGGCGAGACUGGUACUGGUGACACUGCGUCCCUCUCACGUGUCGGGGAGGACACGCUGGCCGGUUUGACGUCGACCAGGAAACAGCUGAUACUGGGGAUGUUCGUGGUAAUUAUCGCCGCUACACAGUUGAUCAUAAUGAGUCUAGGUCCGUUCUUUACAAGCGAGGCGCUGUCCAAGAAUCCUGACGGAGGUCCUGGCUAUCAUAGUGCCGUAGGUGCAGUGUACAGUUCCAAGGACAUCACGGGACUCAUAUCUGUCCCUGCAGUAACGUAUGAUCUGGAGAACAUUGGCAGUCGCUACUUGACUGUGCUGUGCUGUGGUACGCUUUCAGCAUCCCACAUGAUCUUUGCGUUCGUGGAUUCGAUCCAAGACUGGAGGGUAUUUAUCACAUACUCUAUAUCUGUACGGCUCAUGCAAGGUGCAGCGCAGGCAGCACUGAGAGUAACUGUUACCGCCUAUCUGAUGCGACUGUUCCCCACGCGAAUGGCAGUCGUGACCACAUUCAACAACGCCGCUUGGUCGGGUGCGCAUGCGCUGGGAACGUUACUGGGAGGAGCAUUCUUCGAUUUGGUGGGAUAUCGGUACAUGUUCGUGAUUUUCUCCUUGACCAUGGGAGUGUGCGCCAUCGCGGCAUUCUUUGUUAUGGUGGACGUGGAGCGGACAAAGCGUGGCGACAGACCUUGCGGCAGCAAUGCACCAGCUGACGGCAGCACCACAACGAGAAACAAUGGCGAGACGUCUGAGGCGGCCGAUGGCAGUGUGAGUACGCUGAUGAAACUGCCGUGGGUUUGGCUGAUGUGUGGUGCUAUGGUGCUUUCCAACAUGGCGUAUAGCGGCAACGAAGCACUGCUCGGACCGCAGAUGAAACACGAGUUCAGCUCCAGCGCUACUGUGAUUGGUGCAGCCAUCUCCACACAGAUCAUUGUGAUAUUUGUUUUGAGUCCGGUAGUCGGUUGGGUGCUUGAUCGUGGCUGCAACGCAACCCUGACUGUCAUCAUUGGAUUAGCCUUGGUCGGUGUUGCAUGUCUACUAAUUGGUCCGUCGCCUAUCUUCCACACUGCACCUUCACUAUGGCUUGUGUUCCUGUCGAUGGUGCCGUUUGGCGUCGGUCAUAUUUUCAUGACCAUCGGCACGUUUUGCAGUCUAUCUGAGUCAGUGGAGAACUCCAAGGUAGGUAGUGUAAGGAGCCUGAGAGUGGCAAUUUCCGGUGUGACUUGCUUCAGUCUUGGUCUCGGGUACGGCGCUGGUCCCUUGCUGAUGAGUGCCCUGGUGGCAAAGGUGGGUUUCGCGACGGCAUUCUCCAUCGUGAGCAUUGUGUACUUUGCCUACGCUGCGUUAGUAAUUAUCUGCUCAUGGUCGCGCAGCAAGAAUAAUGCGUGUCCGUUCGUCCUCUGGUUUGGAGAGCGUGGGUCUUCCGGUUCUUGCAGUGCCGAUAGUGCUGUUGAAAAUGCUGCGACAGAACUCUUGCCUAUUGCAAAAAAAGUAGAGAAUUGA